UUUGCGCAGGGUCCAAACAGGCCGCUGGCUCACUUUUGCGCGCCGAAAAGAAAGCAGCAGCGCUUCACAGCCCCUGUCACGCGCUUAGACGAGCCAGAAGCUCGAACGGUCGGCGCGCCCGACAACACAGCCACGACCAGAGCAAGCGCCAGUUGGCCUCCGCAAACGAAUUCCCGCCGCGCGACGCACGCAACAAACACCAGCAACCAUGGGCCAGGCCGCCUCCGCCGAACUACGAACGGCCCAGGCCACCAUCUCCACCUUAACGAAGGACCUCGCCGCGGCGCGGUCGACGCUCGCCGCGACCGAGGCCACGGUGCAGCAGGCCAAGAGCGAAGCGGUCGUGCGCGGCGCGCAGAGUGUUGGUUCUCAAUUAGUGGACGGCGUGAUCGCGCGCCAGGCCCUCGAGCGCGAACUCGAGGAGGCGAAGCGCUCGGCGAGAGUACGGGCCGGCGAGCUCGAGCGGGCGCAGCUAGAGUUGAAGAAAGCGAGGGACGACAUGAUCAAGAAGACGGGCGACGCUAAACUGAAAGCGCUCGAGUCGGAACCGCGCGGCGCGCGAGGUGGCGACGCCAUCGACGCCGCGCAGUUGGUGAGGACCGCGUCGCAGACGUUGCUCGAGGACGAAUCCGGCAUGGAGGACCCCGUGUUCGGGCGGUUGCUGCUGUCUACUCCCGCACAACGCGUGUAUCGGGCGGACCCGCGGACGCUCUGGGCCGGCACGAGACUGUGGGAGAAGCAGCGCGCCUUCCGGGAAGCCAGAGCGGCCGAGAUCGCCGCCUACAAGAAGAAGCACCCCGAGGGGGGCUGGCCCGGCGUCGUGACCGUCGUCCAGGAUGAAGGUGUAGGCGCCGUGGUGGACGGCCAGCAUAGGCUGGGCGCGGCUUGGUUACUAUCCAAGGAAGAUUCGUUACCAGAAGCCUUGCAGGGCAUUCUGGUCGACGUGCGGCCGUCCACAUCCGACGACGACGCUAAAAAACUGUUCGCGGAGAUUAAUUUGAGCGAGCCGGUGCCGCUAGUUGAUUUGCCGACCGAAGACGGCGCGUCGGAGGAUUUGAGGCAGCGGUUGGAUCAGGCGGCGGAGGCUUUGGCCCAGAAGUGGCCGGCCAUGUUCCGGCCGUCGCGGUCGUGCCGGCCGCCCCACUUGAACAUCGACCUGCUGCGGGACGAGUUGUUUAGGAGCGGUGUUGUGGUUGAUGGGGAUUUGACGGCGUGGUUAAUGACUCAAAACGACGCGCUGGGUGCGCGCGACGACAAAUGGUGGGCCUCGUCAUCAGUACGGUGCCGCGCGGCCUCCAAGUCCGCGCGGGCGAACGCGCUGGCGAAGGCCCGCGACGCGGGCUUCUACCUGGGGCUGACCUGGGACUGGCUCGCCGCGGCCGAGUGAGUAACCUCCGAUUGCUUGUG